AUGGAACUAAAACUGUACAUUUCUGUUGCAGCCUCAGCAGUACAGGCCCCUCUCUCACUCCUCCCUCCUCCUCCACCUCCUGUUACCUCCUCCCUGCCACGGGGGCAACAUGGAGAAACAGCAGGGCCAGAGGAGCCCACUGAUGAGGAGAUGCUGGAGGCCUCACAGGAGCCUCAUGCUCCUCUGGCCCAGGCUCCACCUCUGGCCCAGGCUCCACCUCUGGCCCAGGCUCCACCACCAGUCCAGGCUCCACCUCUGGCCCAGGCUCCACCACCAGCCCAGGCUACACCAGUGGUCCAGGCUCCACCACCAGCGGUCCAGGCUGCCCCACGGGUCCAGGCUCCACCACCACCACCACCACCACCUGCACUGACGGGGCAGAUGGCUGCCCCACCACCCCCUCCACCUGCUGGCAGUGCUGAGCUGCUCCCUGACUCCUGGAGAGCAGCUCUCACUGCAGAGCAGCAGCAGUGGAUCGGCCGGGUGCUGUUUUCCAGGGACAGCUCGGGGAGGCCACGGCUCAUCGGAGACCUGAACCUCUGGUGGUACCCUCCCCAGACCCGGCCGGUCUACAGUCAGCCUCCCGCGUCCCCCGACCCCUUCUUCGCAUGUCGGCUGUUCCUGUGGAUGCCACACAGGAUCUGGCGUCUGCAGCUGACAUGCCCCCAGCCUUCAUGCACAGGGUCCAUGAUGAAGGCUGGGCUGUACAGGACCAUCCGGAGGGUCCUGGACAUCGACGGCUGGUAUCUCAUGGCCACUGAGUACCUAGAGUGCCGUCGAUGUAAGAAGAAGGUCGGAGGCUGGUCACAGGGCAUCAUCAGGCAGCUGCCACACACCUACAGCUGCCAAUUUCCUGCUGUACUCACGUACAGGUUGUCCUGUGACCUGAGGGUGGUUGCACAGCUGAAGUCCCGCACUCUUGGCAACAGUGCCACUCAGCUGUGCAACACCCUGCGGGAGACCCACGCUGACUCCUGGAUGCGGAGAGCGAUCCACUACCUCGGCGUGUGCGAGCAGUUCCUGGCCUUGUGCUCCGUGAGGGGGCAGUUUCCACCACCGCCCCAGAUGCCCCCUCUGCCGUCAGCCGAGUGGCUGCUGACGGUCUACGGCUAUGACGUCCUGAUGCGGCUGGAGGAGUACAAGGCCAGGAUCACAUCCACCUUUGGAUCCAUCCUGAAGACGGAUUCAACCAAGAAGGUGACGAAGAAGCUCGCAGGUAUCGCCUCGGACACGGCCGCGUGGGUUACCAACGUCGGGCCUGUCCUGCAUGGCGGCCGGAUAGAUGAGGCGAUACCAGCACGCCGGGGUAGCUCCCCCCCAGCUCAUCUACGUAGACCGGGACUGCUGCAGCCGAGACGGCGUGUCCAAGACAGCUGCCUUAUUUCCAGAGUGGGGACAGCUGCUGGUGAGGCUGGACAUCUGGCUGGACACCUGAUGCGAAGCGCCGCAUCAGGUGUCACCACUGAGUCUCACCAGCUCUACCCCACUUUCAUGAGGCAGCUGUCUCAUUGCAUCUUCGAGGUGGACUCUGGAGAUGCCCGCCGUCUCGCUGAGGCCAAGCGGUCUGAGCUGGAGGGGAAGCACGGGAUGGUCGGCCUGACGGAUGCCGAAGUGAUCCGGAGGAUCUCCAAGGAGAAGUGGAGGCUCCACUGUCGUCGGCGGACGCGUGGGGCCGAGGAGACCGCACUCCUCAUCAACGACCUCCUGGACACCUUCGGCGGUCCGGCCGGACGCGACACCCUGGACAUCCCGCUGCUAGACGCUCUCCGCAUCCAGGACAUCUGGAAGACGCAGAGACGCCAUCUCAGCUGCAUUCAGGACCCACCGGGGGUGCAGCUGUACACCCAGACCGGCAGGCUGACAAAGGGCAGGGUCAGCCUGCCGGUUUAUCGCUGCGCCAGGGGCUCCACGUCCCUGGAGUCCUUCCACCUCCACCUCCACCGGUUCAUCCCAGGUACGAGUGCCAGCGCCAAAUACUUCCAGGCGUUCCUGGUUGAUGGACUGGUGAGGUGGAAUGAGGACAGAGCAGCAGCAGCUGCACCUCCGGUUGCAGCUGAGGAGCAAGUGGCGUCUCUGCGCUCCUACUGUGGCCACCUCAAGCACAUCCUGAACCAGAACAGCCAACGGGUGCUUGGCCUUCACAUGGUUCAGGACUUCACCAGGCCUGCUGCGUACACAGGUGAGCUCAUCGGGGUGGAGUACCUGUACCAGCAGACCGGACGUGUGCUUGAGGAUGUCAGUCUGGACCCUGACGCUCCGGACGAGGCUGCUGCCAUCCGGGCGCUGGAGGAGGCGGAUGAGGGGUUCGAGGACGAUGUCGGGGACCCCACGGUCUUCGAGCCAGAGCCCCCCUCCGCCAUCACAGCGGCAGCAGCCCGGUCAGGUGAUCCAGCUGACGCACCCAGGUCUGAGCCAUCCUGUCCGGCCGCCCCUGACCAGGACGCCCCUCCUGAGGCCCCUGAAGGACCAACUCCGGCUGCCCCACACUCCUCUGACUCUGAGGAGGAGAUCCAGGGUCCUGAUGGUCAGCCAGGAUACCAACAUGUCCUGAAGCUGGCCCAGGCCCUGGUGAAGAUCCGGAACCUUCAGGGGCUCUCUGACAGCAGGGUAGACAGGCUCAUUGCACUCUGGCAACGCCUGCCAGAGUGCGACAAGCGCCGAGUCGUCUACCCUGCCAGACACCAGGAGAGGCAGCCCACGGGGCGGUUCAAGGCAGUGAAGGGGAGGACGCCUCCUGUCCUGGAAAGGAGAGUCUCCAAUGCUGCCUGCUCGGACAGAACGCGGGCCCUGCAAACUGGUCCAGCGCCAGUCGCCUGGUCGAGGCCGUUUGCAGCCAGCUCUGCCGUCUCCACCCCGCCACAGCCCGUGUCGGUGGGGUCCCAAAGACCCGGUGGUCCCUGGUCCUCACCAACUACGUGGCCAUCAGAGAGGCAGUGCUGGUGUGCCCGCGUCUGAUGGCUCAGACCACCAUCCAGAGGACCCUGUCUCAGUGGUUCUCACGUCGUCAGAAGGCCUGGGAGAGGACUGUGCUGGAGCAGGGAACUGGCAUCGUCUCUGCUCCAGCAGUAGCAGAUGAGCCUCUCCCUGCUGCCAAAGGGCUGUCCCUGGUGCAGGUGGGACAGGGACAGCCCU